AUGGAUGAGCCUCAGUCCUAUCAAAUUGAUGAUGCGAGCGAUCCCCCAGAGUUUGAAACUUCCGAGAGCGACACUUCCCAAAUUGCCACACUUACCCAAACCAGCCGGCUGAGACCCGCCGGAAGCGCCUUAUCAUUCGUGCCAUAUGCUGACUGGGAGCCAGAAAGGUCAUACGAAGGCGAGCCAACGAUACGUUAUAAUGUGGAAUGGACGUUAUUUGUAAAGAACAGGACACAAGCUGGUGAAUCUGAACUUGAUGUGGUGAUAUCACCACGCAAUUUCUGGAAAUACGUCCUCCGACCGAAGGUGAUCGAUGCGAGUGCAGAUGAACCUUGGGCGGAGGAUAAAACGAAGCUUAUUAUGUCCGUCACCGACCGCAGAACAAGAAAAAUAACGAAGUUUUGUAAAAAGUUGGAAGUUGAUUGGCCGUUCGUCACCAGACAGCUUCAAGAAUGGAGCAAGUUUCUCAAAGAUGGGAAAAAAAUUACUCUCACGGUUACGUUCUACUACAAGUGUGUAGACACCGGCAAAUCUAGCAGAGGUGGAGCGACGGCCAAUCAGCUAGCAGACUUGGACGCCAGAACCGAAGGUUUAGGCAGAGGAGCAUGCAUCAAGAAGGCCUAUGCACUAAUGCGUUGCCCUGACCGUUCUUGUACAAAAGGGGACCACUGCUGGCAAUACGAAGGCAAACACUACCGACUACUACCUCACCAUAUAAGGAUGCUUGCGGAUCACCUACAGGCAGGCAGGGUUUUGAACGGACAUGACGAUGUUCCAGAUGAAUUCCGUCGAUUAGUUAUGGCUGAUGCACGUGAGCAAGAAGAGAGAGAACAAAAAGAGUUGGAGAAAUUGCGAAAACCUAAGCGGAGACGACGCUACUCAGACGAUUCGUCCUCUAGUUUGGCAGCUGUGCGUUGUCAUCGAUGUGCACUACUUCCAGGAGAUCCCGGUAUUGGAACCAGCGCCCCCUCAACUCCACAGAUGGUGUUUUCGUCGUCUUCUCUGCCAGGCUGUGGUCUGUUCAGGGAAGAUGCUGUCAGGGCUUACACUGUGUGGCAGCAGUCCCAAGUGAGCACCGAAGAACAGAAAGAGCACUAUGAUGCGGUACAAGAGUUGACCUUGGCACACUGUUAUGACUUGGACAUGCUUGCAGCCAACCAGAAAAGGAUGUUUGGAUUCUAUACAAAGCAUGGGGUUCCUGCAGGUAUUGCAUGGCGUUAUGUUCGUGAUGUGGAAGCCUUUCUAGAGCAGCGGGAAACAUAG